AUGGACACGUCGUACCCCCGCGAGGACCCCGGGGCCCCGACGGCCCGCAAGGCCGACGGCAGCGCCCACACGGCCCUGGCGCUGGGGGCGCCGCGACCCCCACCUCGAGACCACUUGAUCUGGUCGGUGUUCAGCACCCUCUACCUGAACCUGUGCUGCCUCGGCUUCCUGGCGCUGGCCUACUCCAUCAAGGCCCGAGACCAGAAGGUGGCUGGGGAUCUGGAGGCAGCCCGGCGCCUCGGCUCCAAGGCCAAGUGCUGCAACAUCCUGGCCACGAUGUGGGCGCUGGUGCCACCGCUCCUGCUCCUGGCGCUGGUGCUGACCGGCGCCCUGCACCUGUCUCGGCUGGCCAAGGGCUCCGCCGCCUUCUUCAGCACCAAGUUCGACGACGCCGACUCUGACUGA